UGAAAAUCUGUCAUCAGAGGGGCAUGUGUUUAUUUAUUGGGCUUUACGGUGGUUUGAUGGAUGACAACUUCGUUGGGCUUCACUGUUUAUUUCUAUAUCGCCUGGUUUUGCAGUCCUCAACGCAAAAAUGAUGCAGGCAGAUGUCCAGUUCUUCUGCAGUCAGUGUUAACCUUACUUCAUGACAAGUGAUACAGUUACUAGUACUGCAUUUUGUCUUAGAUGCUUCCAUAUGAUGAUAUGACUGAUAGACCCUUAAAAUGUCCAAUGAAGGGCCAGAAAUGGAGCUGCAAGAGAUACUGUUGUAUAGUUCCAGGCAUGGUGAUUCUGUAAUGGUACAGGAGCUUCUUGUAGCGCGCAAAGAUGGAAAGAUUAGAUUGGACAUAAGCUGCAAGGGGAAGAGCAAAAGUAAUUUAGGCUGGACACCUUUACACCUUUCUACAUACUUUGGCCAUAAAGAUGUGGUUGAACUUCUCUUGACCCAUGGUGCGGAUAUCAAUGCUGUUAAUGAUGUUGGAGAUACGGCAUUGCACAAAGCAGCAUUCACUGGCAGAGAGGACAUUGUUGUUCUCCUGUUACAAAACAAUGCAAAAGUCGAUGUAAUAAAUGGAGAAGGCCAAACACCAAGAGACUUGGCCAAAAAUGAAGAUGUUGCAAAACUGCUUUGGGCUGCAGAAAAAACAGACAUGCGCCACAAAGAGGAAAGGCUCCUUGCAGCAGCGAGAGAAGGGGACCUAGACACUUUGAACAUUUUGUUGAAAGAUGAGAGGCCACCAAGUAUAAAUUGUGUAGAUGCACAAGGAAAUUCUUGUCUUCAUUGUGCGGCAUAUAGAGGGCACAAGGAGGCAGCAGUACUUUUAUUACAGAAUGGCAUUGACACCACAAUUCAGAAUACUCGAGGACAAACUGCUGUUAAUUUAGCAAGGGAUCCACAUAUGCAACAAGUUCUGUGUGUCCGACCAGUACGCCAACUUCAAAAGUCUGCUGCACGUUUUGAAGGACAACUUCUUAAGCGAUCACGAUUUCUUGGUUGGAAGCCAAUGUGGGCUGUGCUGGAACGUGGGGUUCUUACAUAUUUCAAUAGCAGAGCUGAUGCUUCCACAGGAUUUAAGAGAAAGGACUUUAAGUAUCUUGAUGGUGCAAACAUUUUACCACUUGACUGUGAUAAUUCAUCAUUUGUAGUGCAUUUCUCAGAUGGAGCAGUCCAUCGACUUAGUGUUGUAAAUUAUGGAGAAACUACAGGACAGAUAAGCAGACAGAAAUGGAUCAAUGCAUUUUCAGAACAUGCAGAAUUCAGCACGCACUACUUAAGUCAAGGUCAUAUUAAACAUGACAGUGAUGAAGAGGAUGACAACAUUAAACCGCUUGGGUCCAUGCAGGAUGCUCUGCAGACUGCUGCUGCCCAUCAUCAGGUAUUAGAAAAACAACUUAGAGACAGCACAGCUGUAGUUGAAGUCUUGAGUAAUAAUAGUCUUGCAUCUGACACAAUUACAGGAGCUGCUAUAAGAAGAUUCCAGACUUUGUCUGACACUGCUGGUGACAUGCUCUCUUCCCUUGGGCAUUGUCUCUCUCUGUUUCAGCAACAGGAGGAGGUAAGAAUACUGCAGUUGAAACAAGAACAGGAGAAGUGCCGAGUUCUAGAAGAAGCCCUUAAUGUGCUAGCAAAAGAGCAUCAUGAGCUGGAGCAAUCAAUGGCAUCACAUCUGUCAAACCCUUCACUCCAUAACAUGGUGGAUGGUCCAACUCCAAGGAGAAGUCCUCGUUUUUAUGACACGUCUGAUGAUGAGUUUUAUGAUGCAUUUGAAGCAGAUUCAGAUAGUGAUACUAUCGUGACGGCAGCAUCACCUACCUCUGAUAGUGACACGCUUGUGAGUUUUCCUUCACCUGCUUCCUCCUGUGCCACUUUGGUUUCGGCAGGGGGGCAUGCUUACCAUUGUGCUAGAGAUCUUCCAUAUGACACUGUGGAGAAGAAAACUGUUAGUAGACAAUGUUUGCCUGUCCCAAUGUUCAGUCGAAAUGAUUUUUCAUUGUGGUCUGUGCUGAAGAACUGCAUUGGAAAAGAACUAAGCAAGAUAACAAUGCCAGUGAUUUUUAACGAGCCUCUCAGCUUUUUGCAGCGGAUGGUUGAGUAUAUGGAAUAUGCUCACCUCCUACAACGGGCAUCUGAGGCAACUGAUCCAGUUUCUCGUAUGCAGUAUGUGGCAGCGUUUGCUGUAAGUGCACUUGCGUCUAAUUGGGAACGUCUGGGCAAACCAUUCAAUCCACUGCUUGGUGAAACAUACGAGUUGGAGAGAGAUGGAUACAGAGUGAUCUGUGAGCAAGUUAGCCACCAUCCUCCAGUCUCUGCCUUUCAUGCAGAUUCUAAGGAUUUCAUUUUUCAUGGGUCCAUACAUCCUAAACUAAAAUUCUGGGGAAAAAGUGUUGAAAUCCAGCCGAAAGGUGUUGUUACUGUAGAAUUGCCUAGGUGGGGUGAGGCAUAUACAUGGACCAAUGUGAACUGCUGUGUCCACAACAUUAUUGUUGGAAAACUUUGGAUGGAACAGUAUGGAACGAUGGAAGUUGUAAAUCAUUCAACUGGUCAUCGUGCAAUUUUAACUUUCAAGCCAGCAGGGUGGUUAUCCAAAGAUCUCCACAGAGUGGAGGGCUUUAUCAUGGACAAAAACAAGAAGAAAAUAAACUUCCUUUAUGGAAAGUGGACGGAAUUCAUUCGCUGUACAGAUAUAAGCUCCUAUGAUGAUUAUAUGAAAGAAAAUGCUCACAAAUUCAGAAGAGAUGGCGAUAAAGGAAAGGGAUCUACACCUACAGAUAGCCCAUCAAAUACUCCAAAAAAAGUUUUAGCUAAGCUCAACAGUUUAAAAGUUGGGCCAUUUAAAAGCAACUCACAGUCUGAGGCAAGCUUUAGUGCUGAUGAUGGAUGUCCAAUACCUGAACCAGUGGAUGGAGAUAUUCCAAAAUGUGAUUCCACCUACUCCAUUGAUAUUCCUAAUUCAGUAACCAUGUGGGAGGCUGACCCACGACCAGAAAAUGCAGCAGAUUACUACCAGUUCACUUUGUUUGCCAUGUCCUUGAAUGAAAUGGAAGAAGGAAUGAGGGAGAAACUGUGUCCCACUGAUUGCAGAUUACGACCAGAUAUACGGAAACUUGAAGAAGGAGAUAUAGAUGGCGCUGCAGCAGAAAAAACUAGACUGGAAGAAAAGCAGAGAGAUGCCAGAAAAGCUAGAAAAGGAAAGAAAGCUGUUGACUGGGCACCAAGAUGGUUCACUCAAGGAACAAAUCCAUAUACCAAACAAGAAGACUGGUUGUAUAGUGGAGGAUACUGGGAUCGUAAUUUUACUCAUAUUCCAGAUAUUUUUUAAACAGUACAGAAUACCAUAAGCAUGGUUCCUGAUGGAUGUCACAAUGAAAAUUAAAAAAAAAAAAAAAAAAAAAAAAAAAAAAAAAAAAAAAAAAUUACACCUGAGAGUUAACAGACUACUCAUAAUUUGUGAGUGUGCCUAAUGAAUGAAAGAGGUGGGACCAUUAAUGUAGUAGUCUUCCAGGUAUACUCUCUGCCUGGUAACUGGUGUGUUCCAUUCAAAUUGCUCCCGAAUAUUUGUGUGUGGUGAUGGUGAAGACAAAAUGAUUAUGAGUUGACAUUGUAAAUUAUUGUGAACUGUCAUAAAAGUCUAUGUUAUGUUGACUUAUAGCAUAUAUGUGUCUCAUAGUAUGCAGCUGUUAAUAUGGAAUGCAGUUUGUACUGUAUUAUUAAUCAGUAAUGUAUAACACAAAAUGAAUAUGAAUAUUUGAUUGUGAUAUUACAUCAUCUUAUGUUCACUAGUAUGACAGUGAUAGUGCUCAGUUGCAGGCCAUUUAUUUUGCAUGACAUGGUUUUGGUAGCUGCAUUCUUCAUCAUUUGUGAUGAUCCCUCUUCCUCAGGCAGAUUGUAUUGUGACAUAAUUUCACUCUUUUAAUAUCUUCAGUUAUUCAGUUGGUGUAAGGUUUCCUUCAGAUAGCUGUGAUGCUGAAGUAUGUAAUAUUCUGAAGUUGUUACAGUUUUGACAUAAUGUUAUAGUAGAACAUUACAAAUGGUGACAUGUUAGUUGUUUAGAUUGAUAAGGUUGUAUGAAAAAAGGUACCACUAUUAUUUGUAAUCAGAUGGAGGGUAACCAAUCAAUAAUUUGUGCUUAUAUAUGCUUUAUUUCAAUGUCAUUUACAAGAGUUAGUGUAAAAACAGAACAUUUGUUUUCUAUGUAGGAUGUGUUGUAUGUAUGUGAUGUUUUAAAUACGUUUACUUUCCUGUAUAUGGAAAUAUCUUAUUCUUAAGAAGAAGAAAAUUCUGAAUGUGGGUUGAUAGAUCAAUUCAUUAUUCUUACAUGUUUGUUAAUACUCACUGUUGUAGACAACCUCUGUAACGCAGUUUGAUUUCUGUUGAUGUAUAUUCAUUGAAUUCUUCACUGUCAGCUCUAAAGCAUUAUAUUUACUUGAUAACUGUCUGUAAAUGUGUGUCAUAAAAAAAAUGAUAUAGUAGGUUUGAGUAAUAGAAAUCAGUGGUUGUAAAUUAGAUAUACUGGUAAAUAUGGUUGUGUGUGGUGCUAAUACCACUUUUGGCACUGGCUUUGUCCAGUCGUAGUAUCUAAGUAUCAACUGUGUGGCAUGUGGCAUAGUCUUGCAGCUACAUAAACACAAUACACACUAACUGUAAAUACAUGUACAAAAGCUCAGCAGUGUCAUUAAUAAUAUCAGCCAUUAUUGUAGUAAGAUAUGAGAACAUUAUUCUUGUUCUAACAAGACUCAAAAGAUAUGCAGUUUUAGUACAGUUAGUUCGUGUUGCAUUUGUAAAUGUGCAGGUAGUCACAUUAAUCUGACACUGAUGUUUAACUAGUCCAUUAAAUUUACAACUGGCCUAUUGUGACUGUGUAUCAGAACAAGCUUAGAGGAACAUUUGUAUCAUUAGUAUGCGUUACUAUUUGUCAACUGAAUUUUAUUUUGUACAGGCAGUGCAACACAUUUUGCUUUAAGUUAAAGAAAUUUAUUAAGUAACUUUCCAAUUUAUAGCUGUUAUGCAACAGAAGAUUGAAAUGCUUUUGCUGUGAAGUUAAGUCUAGCACACUACUGUAUUGUGGUAGUGUAGUACUUAGUACAGUGCAUAUAAAAUGUGUGUAAUUUGAAGAUGGUUACCCAUAGGUUGCUAAACUGGUACAAACAGAUACCGUCUUAGUGUUGUUACAAACUUACUAGCAUUAUAUGCACACAAAACUGUUACAAAUCUGUCAAUUUGUGUGUAUUACUAUAUUGUUGCAUUAAUUGACAGUACAAAGUUACAGAUCAUAGUUACUGAUACUCAAGAGUAAGUUUUUGUGCACUAGCCGGAACAAUUAGAAUAAGGAAAUAUGCAGCUAUUUUAUACUGUGUUACAAGCCAUAUAACUAAUUAUUUUCAUAAACUACUGCCAUUGUUUCGAGCAGAAUAGAAGCAACACGGGGUAUGAAGUGAUUCAGUAAGUAACUUAGCUAAAUACUAAUUCUAUUUUUCAUCCCAUCUCUUUUCAAAGUAAUUUACCAUUUAAUAAAAUAUUAUACUAAUAGAGAUCAGAGUCUCUAAAUGCACACCGUCACACCCACUCUCGAAUUUCCUGUGCCUGUAUCCUUCGUCUGCAAACUCAUCUCCCCCUCCCCUACACACACCUCUUUCUUUGUUAGUCUUUGAUACUUGACAAAUUCUAAUUGCUGGGGGCCAUACCUUUGUCAUUUUCAGUUUUUGUUCUCCUCUUCUUGAGCCUUAUGAGCAGGUAUCUGAUUUGGGAGAAGCACUUUUUGUAUUUUUUUGUGUCAUUUCUUUACAGACUUCAUCACAUGGAUGUUUGGGGCUUGAGUAAUGCAUCUGUUGGCAAAAUUCAAUUUGUUCGAUAUCUAUGGAACAAGCAGUUAACUAAUUAAUCAUAUGCUGACAUGGUGCUGAUAACAACACAGGCAGUAUUCCCAAGUUUUAUGCAGGUUGUUGUAGUAUCUGGUCAUAAUUCGUUGAUUCAGUUAGUAACAUUUAUUUUCUUGUGCCACACUUUAUAUGCAGGUGUUGAUUUAGGGAGCCUUUGAGAAAUAACAUUUAAGUCUCAGUGCACAAUGAACUUUCAAAGUAUAGGGAAAGUCAUUAGUAUUAACUCACUUCCUGUAUUAUUUCUUUUAAUGAUAGUUCCACUAAUUAUUUAGAUGUUCUGAUUAAAUAUUAAGUUUCUUUUAUUAUCCAAGUUAAAUUGCUGCUCAGACUUCCACAUAAUGUGUAUAGGUGGUUCCUCACCUUCCUUCCAAGAAUCUCUCUAAAACAAAAACUUGAAUUCUGAUCUUAAUGUGUCACUUACACAAUACCCAUAAAUGUGCUAUUUGGUUGACACACACACACACACACACACACACACACACACACACACACACAGAGAGAGAGAGAGAGAGAGAGAGAGAGAGAGAGAGAGAGAGAGAGAGAGAUUCAGUUUUUACAUAAAUUUUAGACUGCAUUUAUAAUUAAUAAAUAGUUUUAUUGCAACAAAUACUUCUGUCUGUGCACUUUGUUGAGAAUCAGAGUGAAAUAUUGGCCAUUGAGAUUUCUAAGAAUUGGCAAUACUUUCUUUUUAUAAAGAUUCAUGUUGUAGGUGCAGUCUCUCUGCAAUCAUGUAAUUAUUUUUAAUAAAGACUGUUUUCACUAGCAAGUUAUUUCUGUCUGGAAUAGUAUUUAUAAUUUCUAAGAAUUGGCAAUACUUUCUUUUUAUAAAGAUCAUAUUGUAGAUGCAGUCUCCUUGCAAUCGUGUAAUUAUUUUUAAUAAAGACUGUUUUCACUAGCAGGUUAUUUCUGUCUGGAAUAGUAUUUAUAAUUUUUCCAUAAAGACUAGUAACAGCACUUGUAUGAACUACAAGCUUAAACAAGAAAAAACCAACAUAAGCAAUAAUUGAAGUCAAAUACUUGAUGAGACUACAACUGAGUACAAAAGAUUUGUCAGCCACUUCCAUUGUAACCACUGGUUGUUGGUACUCACCAUGUAGCCGAGAUGCUGAGUCACAGAUAGGAAAGACUCUCACAAUUAAAGCUUUUGGCCAUUGGCCUUCUUCAACAAUAGACACACACGCGCAAACGCGUGCGCGUUCACAUGCCCCCCCCCCCCCCCCCUCCCACACACACACACACAUGCAAAUGCAACUCAGAGCUUUAAUUGUGAGAGUCUUUCUGUUGUGCCUCUAUGCAACUCAGUGUCUCUGCUAUACAGUGAGUAGCAACUUUCUUUCUCAUAAUAGUGUUACAUUCAAUUCUUGAUUUUCCAUUGUUUGAUUUUUGUAACUACUGGUUGUUAUUUUUUUAUAUGUUAUACUGACUGUGGUAGAUGCUAUGUUAAAACAGUAAUUUCAUUUUAGCAAAUAAGUUAUAUUGUGUUCAUGUUCAGGUGACUCUCCAAUUUUUUUAAAAAUUAAAUUCAUUGCAUGUACAAGAACAUUAUGUCAUAAAAAAGAAAGCAAUUAUUCAACUGCACUGGCAUACAGUUCUUUUCUCUUUUCCUUUAGUUAUGUAUUGAAAAUCUCCAGCCAAUUCCCUGCACCAUUUAUUUGAGAACAUUUCAAACAAAUAUUAAAGUCAAUUAAUCAAGUGAGAUGUGUGAAAUUACUUCAGUGCUGUUUUGUAAAAUAUAUUUUGAAAAUUACUUGUCUCAAUCUGAUUAGCAGAUAGUGUAGGAUUUAACACUUGUUCACCUCUUACUUUACCUGUUAUUCUAACUCUGAAAGUUAAGUUUUCUUGAGGGCUUUUCAUUCAUAUCUAUGCAAUUUAUGUACUGUAGCAACUAGACUGUGUGUUAGAUCAGUUGCAGACAUCAUGUGUGGGGUUUUAAUAGCCCUCAAGAAAUGUCUCUUAUGUCAAGAAGGGGGCACAUUAAAUUUCACAGUUGGUGAUAAAUUGUAGAUCUCACACAUUUCUUGUAUCAUUAUAUGUUUUCUACCAAUAUGGUUUGUAAUAUAUACUUUGAGUUUCUAUAUUUUAACUAUUUUCUCUAGACAUAGACAUGCAGUCUUAUUAUGUUUAUUGGUCUACUGUGAGACUGGCAAUCUAAAUUUUGUAUUCUUUUUUAUUUUAUCUGUGUCAAUAUCACUGGCACAAAAAUCUCAAAAAAUAUCUAACCUUUUCUUGUGUGAUUUACUACCGAAUGUUAAUACUGAUCUGAAAUGAAUAAUUUCAUAGAUUCUAGUUUAAUAAUUAUGAAUUAAUCAGCUUUUUUAAAAUAAUUUAUCAACUCCAGCUCUGAAAUUAAAAACAUCUUGAAAAGACCAGAGGCCAAAAUGUCAGGUUCAAAAUGUUUGUGGGAAGCUCAGAGCUCAGAAAGUUACAUGAACUUUGGUACAUUUUUGACAAAUUUUUGUAUUUCUGGGGUGAAAUGAAGAAACAUUCUGGAGAAUCAAAGAUAAUUUUAUAUUCAAUAGUAAUGGUUGGAUGUUGAUGUGCAGUGUUGGAAUUAUCUACAGCCAUUUUUCAGUUGUGCUAGGUUUUUUGUGGCAGAAAUUUUAUUAAUGCAAAAAACACUUUUUGAAUUGUUUGACUGUAUACAUUUCAUUACUGUGUCUACACAUUCCCAUGUUUCUAACAUUCUUUACACUUGUAAAUUUUAAGGUAGUCUUGCCUUUUUAUUUGAUAUUACUUGUUUUUAUAUUGUCUAAAUGAUAUAGUAGCAACAACUUUUCCAUUCAUGUCACCAGGCAAACUUUUCUGUAUGUAUAGGCAAAUUGUAUAAUCUGUGCACAAUUUCUGUGGCAGAAAGAAUUGUCGUUCUAAAGAACAGCAAAUACACUGAGAUUAAGUGAUAAAUAGGAAAAAAAAUUAUUUAAAAUAUGGGCUGCUAAUGAUGUGGUUAUUGUGUAAUAUGAUCACAAUCAGCAGAAAGUGCUUCUCCUCAUGUAUGAAUUUGUGUAAAUUUAGGGAAAAUUGUACAGAGUAGUGUCAGUUUUGUAGUAUCAAAGUGCUUGUUAAUGCAGUUUAUAUUCUUAUUAAAAUGAAGAUGUUAUGUACAUAUCUGUUAUUGAAGUUUAAGUUGACAAGAACAGAGCAAUAAAGUACUGUAAUGGAAAUACAAUGUUCCUUAUUGGUAGAGGGAUGAUAGUGCAAAUAUAUGC